UUACCCUAUUUUAUAUCUAGAUAAUCUUGAUUCUACCUAGUUACUUUCUGAUCAUAAAUUCUACUUAGGGCCUAAUCGGAUCCCGAUUUGGAAAUGAACAUCAAAUUAUCCUACUUGAAAACUAGUCAGGUUCUAGUUAGCUUAAACUGUUUUAAGGAUUGUGCACAUGAUUUUGCGCAUGCGCCUUUUUAUUACUAAAAGUGAAAGUGACGUUUGUAUACCUACAAUGUUGUUGACAGUAUAAAAAGAAUAGCUGCUUUUAUUGCAUUUAUAUAUAAAAAUGGAUAUCAGAGGAAAUAAAAGAUCUCGUAAUCAAGGACGAAUACGAGGUAAAAAAUUUCGGUCGAGAAAGAAAUUAUUAAGCGACGAAUCCAGAGCAGAGGGUGAAUCCAGUGAGCCGACCAAUAAUCAUAGUGAUGGAAAUGAUGAGGUUAUGUAUGUGUCCGAACAAUCUGAAAAUGAAAACUUGGACAAUUUCAGAGAUGUCGAAGAAAUGAGUCAAAAUAACGAAGCCGAAGAGAGAAGGGAAGAAAUCUCGGUAGAAAACGAAGAGUUUAUCAGUGAUGUUGACGAUUAUGACCGGAGAAGGGAGGAAAUCUCUGUAGAAAGCGAAGAGGUUAUUAGUGAUGAUGACGAUUAUGACGGCGACAACUUAGCGAGGUAUUAUUAUGCUGUUCAUGGUGAUACUUCGGACGAUUCUUCCAAUGAUGAAUUUGGCGAUGAUAAUUUAGGAAACGUUGAAGAGGAAGAGCAUGUACCGGAAAAUCCUCCUUCAGUAGUAGAAAGAUUGCGUGAGUGGAGUCUACGACUCAAUCAAAAGGAUCUUGAUGAUUUACUGAAAAUUCUGAGAGAUCUGCUUCCAACUCUGCCCAAAACUGCAAAAACAUUUCUUCACACAAACGAUGCUCGGUAUACUAUAAUUAAUAUGGAAGACUGUAAAGGAAAGAUGGGUCAAUUUGUAUAUUUUAAAAUGCAAAAUAAUUUAGAAAUGUGCAUAAAUCCUGCAUUACAUAUUGAUAAUUUUAUCGAACUUCAAGUCAGUUGUGAUGGCUUACCCUUACAUAAAUCUGGAGAUGGUCAGUUUUGGGUAGUAUCAGGAAAAGUUCACUUCAACCCUGAUGUGUACAAAGUAUUUCCGAUUUGCAUAUUUUUUGGGCAAGCUAAACCUAAUAGUGUGGAAGAUUUCUUAGCUCCAUUCGUUGAAGAAUUUAAUCGAUUAAAUAUUGAUGGUAUCAUGAUAGAAGGGCAACAUUUCGGAAUAAAGUUAAAAUGUAUAAUUUGUGAUACACCUGCUCGAUCUUUUUUAAAACGCACAUUAGGACAUGGGGGUAUUCAGGCAUGUGAAAGGUGUGAAGUUGUUGGCGAAAGAGUUGAACGAAGAACAGUUUAUCCGACUACUGAUGCAGUAGAGAGAACGAAUGAAUCGUUCAGAAAUUUUCGCCAACCUGAGUAUCAUCAUGGACCUUCACCUUUAUUAGACAUUAUUCCUCACAUAGACAUGGUGUCUAUCUUUAUGUUGGAUUCGAUGCAUCUUUUCUUCUGUGGAAUCAUGAAGAAAUUAAUGGAUUAUUGGUUGAAUGGCAAAUUAAAUUGCAAAUUAAGUGUCAGAAGCAGAGCUGAAUUGUCCAGACGAUUAGAAUUUCUAAAAACGCAGAUUCCAAUUGAAUUCCAACGAAAAACCAGAUCGACUUCUUUUUUCGCAAAGUGGAAAGCUACGGAACUGCGUUUUUUUUUAUUAUAUUGUGGACCAAUAAUCUUAAAAGACCUUUUGCCGCAAAAUUUGUAUGAUCAUUUUCUUCUGUUACAUGUUGCUGCCAGGAUUUUACAUUCAGAUUCUUUUUGUCGAACUUAUAAUGAUCAUGCAAAACUGUAUUUAACAAGUUUUUUUACGGCUAUGAAAGAUUAUUAUGGAGCUACGUCCCAAAUUCUAAAUGCACAUCAUCUCACCCACGUUGCCGAUGACGUUAUAACUGCAGACUGUAACCUCAGUUUAAUAAGUGCUUUCUCAUUCGAAAAUUUUCUUGGAAAAUUGAAAAAAAAACUUCGCACUCCAAAUAAAACCCUGCAACAAGUUUGUCGUAGAUUAUUUGAAGAACAAACACUCGUUUCUAAGAAUAAAACAACAAUACCUCCUCCAAUUACAAUUUUAAAAACAAAUAAGGAUGGUAGUAUUGUACAAGUUAAGUACAAAGAAAUGGUAAUUUCUUCAUUACCUCCUAAUAAUAUUGUUGUUUUGAAUAACAAUAAAAUUGUGAGUAUAAAAAAGAUUUUCAAUGACAAUGAAAAUGAAAAUUUAAAAGUGGAAUGUCAAAUUUGGAGGAAAGAUAAACCAUUGUACACAUAUCCGACGAAUUCAGAAAUUUUUAAUAUUUGGAAAUUGAAUCACCUUCCAAUGAGAGACAUUAAAAUUUAUUCAAUUGCAGCAAUAUCUCAAAAAGUUGUAAAGCUGCAAUUAUCAUUCACAGAAAAUGGGCCACAAAAAGUGUAUGUUGUUCCUUUACUUCAUUGAAUUCAAUAAUGCAAAAUAAAUAUACAAAUAUAUUAUAUUAAACACGCCUUCCGAU